AUGUUACAGAAAGCAUGGCCCAUGCUUCUACGACUCCUUCUGGCGCAUGCUUUCUCAACCAAUUUGGAGGACGACGACUAUUUCAGGCAGCAGCUUGAAGAAGAAGACGAUCUCUUAGUCCAGCACCUCAGGCUCAAGGGAUACAACGUCACGCCACCGUCUCACCAGAUGCCACCGUCGCAGUAG